AUGCCAAAGUCUACCAGCACGUUAUCAAAGUGGGGCAAACAACUUACCCAAAGACUUGAAAGAUGGUGGGGCGUUGAUCCUGAAUUUAGACACUAUCUCCCAGAACAUCAAGAUUCCUAUCGUACACCAGCUCCAUCUUCUCAACCUGACGUUAACAUCCCACGUCAAGCUUUCAUCAAGGAUUUCCACAUUAAAUAUUAUCAACAAGAUUUCCGUAGAGGACAAGGUUGGAAUCCAGAAUAUCUUGAUACCAUCGUAUACAGACAAGAAAUUAUAGAGGAUGCUCAAAAGGGCAAGUACAAGUUAAUGCCUGGACAACCUGUUGGUCCUUUCUAUGGUAUGGGUAUGGAAAGUAAGAUUUCAUACGCUUUUGAUGAAAGAGAAAACAAGCAAGUUUAUACAUACAGCGUUGAUCGUAACUUGUUCAAGCCAGACACUGUUCUUUCUCCUGAAGAAAUUGAAAGACAACUCGAACAUGACAAGCUUUACUCCAAUGCCAAGAAGGUUGACUUUGUUGGAAAGAAAUAAGUGGAUAAUUAAAUAGUUUUUUAAGGAAUUCCACACUAGAAUGGUGUUUUUUAACUUUUGGUGAAUAAAGAUUUAAAUUUCAAAA